ACUCCCGUAGUGUCUCCUGGCGGCGGCGGGGGGGCGCUACACUUCUUGGGUUUUUUAAAGUUUCAUUGGAGGCUGGUAAACAGCAAAACGGCGCAUUAGCGCCAUCAGCGGGUAUGGGGGAUGAUCUACACAGUUCAAAACCAGCAACACUAAAUCUCAGCUGCUGAUAACCGUCCAUGGCUGCAGAGCUCCGUUUGCAGCAGCUCACUGAGAUCCGGCUGACUCUUUGUCUUCCUGUGGUUUUGGGUCACUUCAGUGAAGCCUGUCCUGUGCUUUCAGCUUCCCACAGUGGUCACAGGGCCCUGAGUGAAAACUGUUCCCUCCCGUGUGUCUCAUUUCUCUGUGUUUGGUGGAUUUUCUGAAACCAUUGUCCUUUCCUUUCUUGCUCCUUUCAUUAGAGUAUGUGCUCUGAUGUCUGAGCUGCAAACUGACCGGUGGUCUUGUAUCGUCGUCCGGCUGCAGAGCUCAAAGAGCCCAUCGCUGAUCCUUUUCCCUAAUCUGACAUGAAACCGGGACAAUGAACGCUGUGUGUGACGCAGUAUAGAUGUGGACAGAACUGUAACACUGGUCCAUGUCUGUGUGACUGUGUGCAGGUGUAGAAUAGAAGCAGUAAUGUAAGAUGCACCCCACGGCUGUGUAACUGGCAGUGCUGCUUUCUGAGCGACUGUCCACCCACAGCUCUGUGCUUCUCCUCAUGUUCACAGGUUUCUGUAGUUUGGUAUCAUAACCAAGGAUUUCAUCUUUUCAUUCUGUCCCUUUACAGCUGUUUACUUACACACAAAUCAUGAAAGCAGCCCACUGACAACCCAUCAUGUACUACAGCUCGUGUCAUUGCCCCCUGAUAUCAGCAUCACCCGUGACCCAGCGACGUGUUUCAUGGUUUCCACUCCACGGUGCUUCUCGUGCUGUUGUGAACACUGGUCCGUGACUGCAGCGUGGGUUGGCUGUGUGCUCUUGUGCAGCAGUGCGGGGAGUCCCCUCAGCUCUGGCUGUAGUGAGCGCUCACAGGCAGUACCGCUCCUGACCGCAGGGGGCACUGUGAUCCCCGGGCUUCCUUCUGGAAAAGCUCCGUCGACGUUAAAGCUUUCGAAGAGCGUCCAUCCUGUGAGCCGAGGUGCAGGCGGUGGUCUCGGGUUAUGCAUGUCAGAUAGCGGCAGUAACAACGCGCAGGCUCCGUCUUCUGUGAGAGGGCCGAAGGUCUGAAGAUGUCUGCCGCCGUGGACUUCCACUCUCAGGUCGCCUCCAUCAUGGAGGUGCUGGCUAACGCGGCCGUGGCGGAAAUCUGCAAAGUUGUGGACGAUGGAUACGCGGUGGUUCACCUGGAGAUGUCCCGGAGCCAGAAGGAGAACGAGUUCCUGAGGAGGAAAAUCAAGCUGCUGGAGCUGCAGAUUGCCCGGUACCGAGCGGAGAGGGUGAGGGGGGCAGAGGGCUCCAUCAGCAGCCGCUUUCCCGGGGUUCGCCUCCUCAGCCGGCAGAGCAGGGACUCACAGGCGGGCCCCUCUCUGCAGGGCAGGACCAGGUUUCUGAACCGAGGUCCAGGAGCUCAUCAGUCUGUGCAGAAGAUCCAGCUCGUCAGUCUGGACCAGGAUCCUGAUCAGGAGGUUGUGACCACCACCAAAGCCGAGUCAGCAGAGCCUGAGGGGGAGGGCGAGCUGCUGAUCGUCAAGGUGGAGGGAGCAGUGGACGCUGGGUCUGUUAACCACAAGCUGCUGAGACGAGAUGCUGCCUCCACCACUGCUACGUCACUCGGCAUCAGUGACGGCCAGACAUCCAGACACCUGAGGGAAAAAGAGGUCAGUGGAUCCAAUGUCGUCGGCUUUGUUGACGGUGGGACGGCUGAGAUUGAGGGCGGCGACACUUUUCACAGUUCCCAGCCGCAGCAGACCGGAGCAGGGGACCGUCGGCCUUCGAGUAAAGGUGCUGACACCGGGCUGGGUACAGCUUCCUGUGAGGAUAACAGCAAAGAUAACCAGGCGGCAUUGGAGCCCUCCAAGUGCCCGCUGCCAGAAGUGAUCAUCAUUGAUAGAGGAGGGGCAUCGGACAAAGAGACCGCAGGGGAGGGGGGUGACUCGUCAGAUGCAGUCCAGACGACCAGAGGACGAGACAGACACAAGGACGCGAUAUCACCCCAGACUCGGUCCUCUGGUCUGUGCUCAGCCGGAGAUGGGUCUGUUCUUCCUCACGAUGACCCUCCAGGAACCUCCAGCAUCAACUCCUCCAGUGACACGCACCUCCUGACUUUACACCACCCCGCGGUCCAACACAAAGCCCUCCCUCUGUCCUUCUACCAGGCCGUCACAAUGGAGCGUCCGUACGGCUGCACCAUCUGCACCAAGCGCUUCUUCAUGGAGUCGGACCUGCAGAAGCACAUGGCCAGGCACACCAGGGAGAAACCCUACACCUGCCUACUGUGUGGCAAAAGCUUUGUGUGUCAGAGCCAGCUGGAUAUCCACCGCAACGUGCACACCGGGGAGAGACCUUUCAGCUGCUCCGUCUGCAACCGGCGCUUCUCCCACCCCAGCAACCUCAAGAGGCAUCAGAAGAUCCAGCACUGAACCCAAAGACGAACCCUCCACAGCCCGCUGCACUGCAGCUUUUCCUCCACAGGAAGUCUUAUACACUACUAACUUUCCUCAGCCUUAACUACAUCAGAAACAGAACUGGAUUGUGGGAAUGCUUAAACCAGAAUAUUAUCACAUGAGCUGCUGUCACGUCACCCACACAGUCAUCUGCAGUGUGGGAAUCUGAAUCUGUGUGUACGCACCUGCAGCACACGAAGGGCCAAACGCUGUUAUUGAUGAGGGACAGGAUGCAGUAUGUGAGUGGGCUGUGUAAGGAUGAGCCACUGUAGCCGCAGCAGUACACACACACACACACACACACACAGAGGUGUUUCUAUCGAAGUAUCCAAUCAGACCAUGAACACUGUGAAUAGGCUUGUAGGUAACUCCUGAACUGUGAGCAGCAUGAAUCAGCUGGCACAUGGCAGACAUCAACACCUCUGAUCUUUCCAUAGUAGACGAGAUGCUGACACAUCAUCAUCAUCAUCAUCAUCAUCAUUUAGUCCUUUAUGAGCUCCUUGCAGACGACGCUGUACAUCAGAAAUGAUGUCACAAAUGUUGGUGUGUGGUGCACUUGUUGCCGUUAGUUUGCUGCACCUCUGUCUUUUGUAACCUGCUUCCUGUGUGUGUGUGUGUGUGUAUUUACAUGAAACGUAAGUCGCCUAAUCAGUUUAACACAAAUGUUCUACAAAAAGCACCAAAUCAACAUGAGCAUCAGCUGGGGAUGGGCACAGAUUUAGUGAUUAACUCCAUCACUGAGAUCUCCUGUAUGUUCUCACUGCCACUGCUUUGAGAGGCUCCACCAUCUCUAAGCAGCAUAUCAGAGACAUUACAUCAUGCAGAUUCAUUACACGCUGUCUGGUCAAAUGUUUGUCAUGCUGGAGGUGUUCCAGUGUCCCACACACCAACACAAAUCCCAGUGAGGAUGCACACGUGAUGUUUGUAUUAGUCUUUAGGUCUGAGCACAGAGACUUGAAAGCCAUCGUCUCAGGUAGAAACGGAGGCUGACUGCUCGUCACUUUGUUACCUGAUGAAGGCUCUGGCUGCUGGUCUGGGGUCAGCACACACUCUGCUGUAGCAUCACUCUGGGCUCUUAGCUUAGCGUUAGCAUGCUGUCUGUCUCUGAUUCCCAGCCGUAGUGUUGGCUGUCUGCAUCAUGCUGACACACAGACACAGGAUACUGGCAGUGACUGCUCUCAUCAUCCUGGUGCCUCUACACUGAUGAAAGAACUAAAAACUUUUCUGUGCUCAUAAAAACACGACCAUGUCUGAUAACCAGGUCAGUUUCAGAUCCAGCAAUCAACCAAGAACCAUCAUACCUGCUGCUGAGCUGAGCACCUGUAUGGACAGCAGACUGACUGAAUUCAGACACAUUAAGUGUACAGAGUCACAGCUGCUGUCUUAAGCAGCAGAGGCUAACUUGCUAACCCAUCUGCUUUCUUCUUUUGACUAAUGAAACUAAGUUUCUGUGAACUUGUCGAGGCUUUGUGGGUUUUUCCAGCAGUGGGGAAAAGUUUUAAACCUCCCCCACCUUUAAAUCUAUCAUCACACCUCAUGGCUGUCCUGGUGAGCUUUGUCCUCAUUAAUCUGCAGCCUUGACUUUAAUAUCGUACAGAUUAUUAGUCCACACCAGGUUAAUAGGAGCCUCAUGACACGCCCCCCUGUGUGUAACGGGCUGUGUGAGUUGAUGGCUGCAAAGAAGCUUUCGUUUGAUUUCCUUUCUUUCCUUCAUGCCAUUCAUUUGGGAUAUGAGCCAAAGUCAUGACAUCAUCACAAACAUCUUCCUGUUAACGUACAAACUUAGCUUCACCUUUGAAAUGAAUUCAUGAAAUCUGAGCUAUGAGUUCAACAAAGAAGAGAGAAACAUUGUCACUGCUUUGUACUUGUGAAUAUAGUGACAUGUAAAUUUGCUAAUAAAUUGUAUUUUCAAACACU